AGCAGCAGCCUCCUCACAAUUUAAGCCCCAAAUCUAAUCUCCCCAUUUUUCAACCCUCAUUCAACUCUUCUUCUUCCAAACCUUCAUUUUCUGCAUUUUUUAGCUAAAUUAGGGUUUCUUUCUUCAUCAAUGGCGUCCAAGCGAAUUCUUAAGGAGCUCAAGGAUCUUCAGAAAGAUCCUCCUACUUCUUGUAGCGCUGGCCCUGUUGCUGAAGACAUGUUCCAUUGGCAAGCAACAAUAAUGGGUCCUGCAGAUAGCCCAUAUGCUGGGGGUGUGUUUCUAGUGACAAUCCAUUUCCCUCCAGACUAUCCGUUCAAACCACCCAAGGUUGCAUUCAGGACAAAAGUUUUCCACCCAAAUAUCAACAGCAAUGGCAGUAUAUGUCUUGACAUCCUAAAGGAGCAGUGGAGUCCUGCAUUGACCAUAUCUAAGGUAUUGCUCUCAAUCUGCUCCCUGUUGACGGAUCCGAACCCCGAUGACCCUCUUGUGCCAGAGAUCGCUCACAUGUACAAGACAGACCGAUCAAAAUACGAGGCAACCGCAAGGAGCUGGACACAGAAGUAUGCUAUGGGUUAGUCUGGCCGUGUAGCUGGAGAUAAGGAUAUCCCUCAAUUGUGUAUACAAAUCAUUCUUCAAUGUUUAACCGUUGCAGCAGACAAUGAAAAUUGAAUUCCUUGCUACUACAGGUCAAAGCAAACGCUUUACAUUUGUCUGUUGGAACCAUUAUGUUAAUUUCAAUCUGUUGAAUUUAUCUUAGUAUGUGCUGCUCUAAUGAGGGAGUAAUAAUAACUGCUUUUCAA